AUGAAUAAUAAUAUCGAAAUAGGAAUUAUUACCUAUAUAUAUUUGGAGAAUUUUGUCACUUAUGAUAAAGUUACAAUAAAGCCUGGCAGAUAUCUCAAUGUCAUUAUUGGACCUAAUGGUUCUGGCAAGUCCACAAUUGUCGCUGCUAUAGUUCUCGGUUUAGGUGGUAAGCCCACUAUUAUUGGAAGGGCAUCUCAUAUAGGAGAAUAUGUCAAAUAUGGAUGUGAAUCAGCAAAAAUAGAAAUUCAUCUAAAGUCUGGUAAAAAGCAAAAUCGUAUGAUAACCAGAAUGUUUACUAAGCAUGGGAAGUCUACAUGGAUGAUUGACAAUGCACAAUCAAAUAUAAAGGCUGUGCAACAGUUAACAGCUAAUUUUAAUAUUCAGGUUGAUAAUUUUUGUCAAUUUCUGCCACAAGACAGAGUGCAAGAUUUCUCAAAAAUGGAUGCUCAAACAUUGUUGGAGAAUACAGAAAGAUCUGUUGGUGAUCCGAUACUCUUUAAGUAUCACCAACAGUUAAAGGAAUACAGAGAUACUUUCAAAGAACUGGAACUUGAAAUAAAAAAUAAGAAACGACUACUAGAAUCUAAAACUCAAACACGUGAUGCAAUGAAAGAAACAGUCAGUACAAUAAAAGAAAGAAAGAUGAUAAAAAAAAAGAUUACAGCAUUGAAACAAAAGAGGGCUUGGAUAUUGUAUGACCAAGCACGUAGAAAGUUAGUGGAGUCCAAGAAAAAAAGAGACAAUGCUGUAAGGGAUAUGCAAGCAGUAGAAACUUUGUUAGAACCAAUAAAGAACAAGAUUAAAAAGAUAACAUCUGAUAUACAAAGCUUAAAAAAGUCUCUAAAUGAUCAUAACAACAAAGUUAACAUUAAAAAUAAGCAAUUAAGAAAUAUCAUGAAUGAGAUUCUCAGCAUUGAAACCAAAAUUAAAGAUGCUGAAAGUGCAUGUUUACGUCGAAUUCAAGUGGAACAGACUCGAGAUCAAGAUAUUAAUCUCCGACAACAGAAAAAGUGCAAACUUGAGAAUGACUUAUCCCUUAUGAUUAAUGAGAUUGGAUCAGAGGAAAACUUAAAGAAGCUAGUGGAAAAUACAACACAUCAUAUGGAAGAACACAAAGUUACAAUUAAUAAGCUCAAUGGUGAAAAUAUAGCAUUGAGAAAUAGAGACGACAUUCUCAAUCGUGAUGUUAAAGCUUUACAAGCAGAACAUCAAUCCCUAAAUAUCGAAGCAAAACGUUUAGCACUCUUAAGACAAAAUAGUAUAGAUACAUAUAAAGGUGUACUUUGGUUAAGAGAGAAUCUUGAUAAAUUUUCGGCACCAGUGCACGAACCCAUGUUGCUCAACGUUAAUGUAAAAGACGCCUUUUAUGCCAAAUAUUUAGAAAACGUGAUACCGCUUCGAGAUUUAAUUGCGUUCACUUGUGAAAACAAGCAGGACAUGAAUUUGCUAAUAAGAUAUUUGAGAGAACAACAGAAACUACAAGUUAACGUGGUUCAUUCCGAUCCUAUGAAGAGAGUUGCUACGCAACCAAUUAUACCGAUAGAAGAUAUUCAGAAAUUUGGCUUUAAACAUUACUUAGCAUCACUUAUUGAAGCACCACCUACUAUAGUGAAAUAUUUGGUUUCAAUGUACAACUUACAUAACAUUCCUGUCGGGACCAAUGUAGUCGAGGAUAACAUAGAAAAUAUACCUCGUAAUAUAAACUGUUAUUUUAGCGAAAACAACGUUUAUUUUGUCAGUACAUCUAAAUAUACUCACGCAACAUCCACCAGAAUAUCACAAGUUUCUGGAAAUGAAACACUAUCAAUUGUUCUAGAUAAAAAGAAGCUACAAAUGCUUGAAAAAAAAUUGCAGCUUUUGCAAGAAACGAAGAAUACAAUUGCCAGGAACAUUAAAGAAAAAGAAGACAGGAUAUGUGAGGAAAACAAUGAAUUAGAGAAAUAUCGAUCCGAGAGAAAUAAAUAUCAACAAAAUAUUCAGCAAAUUGAAGCGUUAAAAGGAAGAAUACGUAUGGCUGAAAGCAGUAUUAAAAAAAUGGAGAUGGAACGGAAGAGUAUUGAUGAUAUAAAAGAAGAAUGCACCAAAGAAAUUAAGACUAUAAUAAAGAAACAACUAAACAUGUACAAAGAAUAUAAUGCAGUUCUGAGAGAAUGUUUCGAUUGUGUCAUGGGCAACGAAGAAAUCAAAUUUGCAUUAUCAUUAUUACAACGAACUUUAACGACCAAAGAAAGUAAUGCAGCGAAUUUAAACGAUACAUACAGAGAGGCAGAGAAAAUAUAUAAACAACACGAUGAGGAAUUCCAGCCGUUAAAAAGAAACGCUGAGAGUUUAUAUAGCGAAGCGUUACAAACUACAAAUAAUAUAAGUCCACAGGAUUCGGCGUUCAAGCCUCUAAAUAAAGUCUUUGAAAAAUUACCAGCUACCAUAAUCGAUAUAAAUAAUGAGUUGGAUGUUGCCAAUGCAAAAGUUUUCUGUAUGGCAAAAAACGUAGAUGCGGAAAAUGUAAUGCGUGAAUACGAACAAAUAAUAAAUAAUAUUCACUCUUUGACUGAGUUUGUCGAAACAAGAACUACCAAAAUAAACAAUAUGACCGAUAAGAUUGCAGAAUUAAAAGAAAAGUGGUUACAACCAUUGGAGGAGCUGGUCGAGAGAAUAAACUCAAAUUUUAGUUCUUAUUUUUCCGCGAUGGAUUGUGCUGGUGAAGUUACACUGUCGCGUGCCGAAGACAUCAUGGACUUUGAUAAGUAUGGUCUGAAGAUUCGAGUAAAAUUCCGAGAUGCCGAUGAAUUGCAAGAAUUAACAAGGCAUUUUCAGAGCGGCGGAGAAAGAACUGUGACCACUGCCAUUUAUAUGAUCGCGUUGCAAGAAUUAUCGCGCGUGCCAUUUCGCUGUGUGGAUGAAAUCAAUCAGGGUAUGGAUGCAAUAAAUGAAAAACGUAUUUUUGAUUUCCUCGUUAAAAUGACAGGAAAGCGAGGUAGUUCCCAAUAUUUCCUGCUUACGCCAAAACUUCUACCUGAUUUAACGUAUACCGAGACGGUGACUGUGCACUGUGUCUAUAAUGGACCAGCUAUUGAUGCGACCGAUGGAGAUUUUAAAUUUGAUACGGAAGCUUACUGCAAUCAACUUGCAUCGCGAACGGAUCAACAGGAGGAAUGAAGUGGUUUCGUCAUCCGGCCAUGGAAAACCUCGACACUUCAGCACGUCCAUGAUGUUGUGACACGUGUAAUAGGCGUUCUCCAUCAUUUCCUCGUUGAAAAUAUCCAUAGCGAACCGUGCUUUUCCUCCGCUUCUUCUCGAUUUCUUCGAGCCUUUAGACUUGCCGCCAUUGCCACCUUUAGCGCCUUUUCCAUUAUUUUUUCCGUUAGUCUUUGCGCCAGCGCCUUUUUUCUUGCCCUUGCCACGCGUUGUCAUUGUUGACGAUUAUUCCAUUAAUACCUUAAGAUCGCCGAGUCACUAAAAAAUGUAUUGUAGCUUAUUGACAGCGAGAAGAGUCAUAUUUUUUAAAGUAUGUAUACAUAUAUAUAAUUGUGUUUGUUAUUUACCGCGACGCUCAAACUUGAUUAGUUACUUUCUCUGUAGCGCAGGCGAUUCUUGUCGCAUUCUCGUGAACAGCCAGUCUUUAACCAAAAUAAAUAGCUCGCGUUGCUGUGUCAACUUGUAACACCCGUUACUAUAGUUUCAGUUAUAUCAUGAGAUAACGUGAACUCAUUGAUCGUGCAACCCCUUAGAGUUAGUAAACACCAACAUCGAUAAUUUAUCUAUACUUCUUCUUAAAUAUAUUUUUAAUUAAA